ACAAAAUCCAACAGUAUUAAAAUAAUUGUUAGUGUCUAGAUCAGACAAUAUAUAUGAGAAUUUAACACAAAUUUCACUUCCUUACAUUCAAGAUGGAAGAUCUACAGUCUAUGACACCGAGGAAACGAAAAAGAAUCGAGUGAGUGUUAGUAUUAUAUUAUUCCCUGUAAAACCUCAGCCUGUAGGCUGCUAUCUGCUGACAAAAAUAGGGCUGUGCACUGGCGUAUAAUACACACAUCAAUCGUGAACUUUCUUUUAAAUAGUGAAAAGCUUAACUUAGGAUUAUAGGAGAUUUUCAUGUUGGAAAUAAUACCGGAAUAUUGAUUCCAACAAGUCAGUCUAUUCAAGAUUAUGAAAUCCCUUCUAUUCUAAUGAUGUUAUAAAGUAAUGAGCAGAAUGAACUGAGUAUUCUGAUGUACUUCCUCUUGAUCUUGUCGAGGUAAUUUUCUACAUUUUUUUUAUAUCUGUACAAGUAUUUUAAUAUAGUGAAGGCGGCACGGGUACAAUGUCAUGAUGGUAAGCUUAUUUACUUUUAGGUGGUGGCAGAAUCACAAGCCUGAGAAUCAGAAAAUAAGAAAGAAAUCUCAUAUAGGUAACUUAAAAUUGUAUCUUAUUAAUCCUUAAAAGCCAAGUAAACAUUUGCUAUAGGAAAUAGUGUAGAGAAGUUACGUUGAAGAAACAAAAUAAUAUACCUGCCAACUCUCACGCCUUAGGCGUGAGUCUCACGCCUGCGGGUUGAAAACUUCGAUCUCAUGCCGGCUCACGCCUGCGGGUCAGUUUCUCACGCCUGAUUGAAAAAUGUGAGUUGUUGCCGUCUUGCUUGACACAAUUUCCAAAAAUAUGUUAACUCAGACCCAUGUAAGGAACGAAAACCAUGUGUAAAUGAAUAAAUAACAAUACCUUCCUUGCGAUCUCUGAUUUUGUGGAUAAGCGUUUUCUCGAUAACUUCGCCUUCGGCAGACUUCGGACGUCUUCAGAAGACUUCGGACUUCUUCGGGAAUCUUCGGAAAUGAUCGUGUCGUCUGCAAAAAUCCCAGAACUCCCAGGAUAAAAAUCUCACGCUUAUAUCUCAGAAAAAGUUGGCAGGUAUAAAAUAAAUUCAUCUUGAGUGAUCAUGCCCUGUUUCUCAUCACCAAUUAGUUAUAUAAAACAUUGAGAGAGCAAUGAGAAAUAUGAUGCUGAUUACUAUUAGGGCAUAUAAAAGUUUUAAAAGAAUGACCUCAAUAAGGCUGUUGGUCUUACUAAUGUUAUUCAUUUGAUGUUCUAACCAAGCUCAGGUGGGAACUCCAAGACUUUUUCAAGAGGAGUAAGGGGCAGGGGGUGGGACCUAUGCACAUUCCCAGGGGCAGAUCUAGGGGAGGGUGCAGGGGGGUGCACACCCCCCUCCCCUGAGAUGUCCUGUGGUUUUCUAAUACAACUGGUAUUCUGCAAACAAAAAACUAUGUGGUUUAUUGGCAUUGAAGUAGAGCAAGAGACGAGUGCACCCCCUCCUAAAAAAAAUCCUGGAUCUGCCCCUGAUUCCUCAAACAUUUAAAAGUAGAAAUAAUGCAUCACGGUGAUUACAAUUCCAUGUUCAUGUUUUACAAACAUUUCCGAAGUAAAAGGACAGCAUUUCAUGGAUUUAAAUUUUGUAUUUUCACUUAAUUAUUUCAUGAAAAUUAAAAACAGUUAAUCCCAUAUCACACAAUAACCCCUUUGACCCCCUCUUCCUCAAAUUUGUAAUUUUGUGCACCAAGGACACAAGAGUCUCUGGAGGCAGCAUGAAAGCAAUGAAUAACAAAGUGAAAGUUAAAAAGUGGUAUAAGCUAAUGUUUGGCAAAAAGCAAAGAUCCUUUGAAAGUAACUUACAAUACUUCCAGAAGGAAGCCUGACCCCAGAAUUGACUGUUUUCCAUUUUUUUUGUUAUUGCUCAAAAGACAAGAGAAGUAACUGAGAGAAAAGCUCCAGAGCUUAUCACCUGAAAGUGAUGACCCCCUUGAAUGUAGUAACCCCUAAAGGCUGCUAGUUGGUAGUUUAUUUCUUAAAUUCUCCAUAUUUUUCAGAGUAUAAGAAAAAGGUGAAAAAAGAUGUUCAAGAGAAAGCAAUUCCAGAGGAAGGAGCUUCUGCUCAAGAUGAAAGCAAUAGCAAAACCGAGAAUGAGGGAAAACAAGACAAAAGAUACAUUCUUUUUAUUGGUAAGACUUCUGUGAUUUAGCCAGGUGUGUACUUCCUAAGUAGAUGCAGGAGCGGGGGGGGGGGGGGCGGUUGAACCCCUCCCCACUUAUGGAUAGUCCAGUUUAGGGUCUUUCCUAUGACCCUUUAUGGAAGUCUAAAGAUAUUUUCUGAAACCACACAUUCAUAGAUUAAAAAAAUGUUUGUCAAUGUUUUUUAGUUAAGGCUUGAGAUUUUUGUCCUAAAAGUGCCAGGAUUUCUGUAAAGGACCCAGUCAUAUCAAUGGUAAAGAUUUCUGAAGAUGCUUCAAUGAUCAGUUCCAACGUUUUCAAGGAAUGAACAAUUACACCCCUGAUGGAUUUAAGAUCUCUAUUUGAAAUCUCCAGUGUUUAUUCUUCCAAAAUCAUAGGAAAAUUCAGGGAAAGUGCAAUCAUUCAUGUGGACUCUUCAUUUUCUUUCAGUGGUUUGAUUUUAUUUUUAAAUACACUUAAAAGUGUUUCCUAUUUUUUGGCUGGAAUAGCUCAUUUUUGUGUCCAGGUUUUAGAGGUUGGUCCUCAACCCUGAGUUCUUGGUAUGAGAGCGAAGUUUUCAAUCUGCAAGGGUAAUACUAUUCACAUCUAAACUGUGAAAUUUGCCACAGUUAAUAUAAUGAGGAACAUGACAUGCUGUUUCACAGGUAACAUGCCAUACACAGUUAAGGAGGAAGAUGUCAAGUGGCAUUUCAGGUGCACCGGCAAAGGUACAAUACAAAACUUGUUUGUUUGUUUUUCUUAUAAUUUUACUCAUUACUUAGUGAUUACAACAUCAUGGUGUUUUUCAUCCUACCAAUACAAAUAAUAUUCCCGGGAAAACUUCUCAUGAAAAAUCCUUGUGCAUAACCUAGAUCUACUACACUUUAAGUAAACAUCCUCACUAGGCAGCAUGUCCCUAUUUUUCCUGACUAGGCAGCAUAAAGGAUUUUAGACUGAUGACAAAGAAGACAGGAGAAUCAAAAGGAUGUGGAUUCAUUGAGUUUAACAACAAGGAAAGUUAUUGGGUAAGUGAAAGGAGCUUUUCUUGAGGUAAAAACAAGUCUUCUGGUCACUGCACCAGAGGCUCUUUCCUACCAGCUCUACCAAGCAGAGACUGCUCAAUAUAAUAUUUAUAAGUAGUUUGAGUAUGAUUGUCCGGGUGAAUGUUGUCCUGAAUAGGACUGUUGUUGUUGACAGCGACUAACUUUUCAACAACCUGUGCGAUAGUCAUCUUCAGAGUCAGAGUUGUAUCAUGUGAGUUGAUGGUAUUAAACUCUGGAUAUCAACCUGAUUGGUCACUUAAGUCGCAAAUUUUUGUUUGCAAGUCGUUUGCUCUGUCUCCAAGUGAAUGUAAAACUGUGAAAGGUUCAAACCCAGGAAUAAGAGAGUAAGGCUCCUCCCUCUCCUAGUUCCCUCAGCUCUUUAAAAGCUGAUUGUUUUCUAAUGCUGUCAAAAAUAUGUGAAUACUUUUUCAAGGCAUGAAUGUAUGAUAGUAGAGUUGUUUUAACACUACUUAUUAUCUUUUUUUAUAUAAUAUGUACUCACUAAUAAUUAGUCAUAAUUAAUCAUACCAGGCAUCCUAGCUAAAAAAGGACCCCUGCCUAUUACUUUGUUAACAUCUAAGAAAUAAUAUUAAUUUUAUGUCAUCAUUAAUAUUACUGAUAACAUUAAACACACUAUAUUAAUUUUUUUCAAAUAAUAUACUUACACCUAGGCAGCAGAUCAUAAAUCACCAUUCUAUGAUUAUACAUGUAUGUAGCUCUGGAAUAUUAUAUAUUAAUCCUGAGUAUUUUUGCUUAUUCCCUUCAUCACAGAAAGCUCUAAACCUACACCACAGCACACUAGAUGGACGAAAAAUAAAUGUCGAGAUAACUUGCGGGGGAGGGGGCAAAGGACAAACAAGAAAGAAAAAGCUAGAAGAGCGAAAAACAAAGUUCCUGCGGGGGAGGAAAAGAAAGUCGAAAAGUACUAAAGUGAUCCCAAAAUCAAUGGACAACUCAGCUGGCGACACAAAUAAUUCUGACAAAUAGUGGUUACAGGGCUUUAAAACGUUAAGUUGUUACAAAGCUGGAAAAGGAGAGGUAGAAAGUCAUGGACUACAAGAAUGAAAAUGACUUUAAAGAGUAUGAGGAAUUUACAAAUACUGUAAGUUUUUGGUUCAAUCAAAACAGGAAGGACAGGAAUGCAACUACUUAAAUACUAGUGAUGAUCUCAUAAGCACUGCAUGAGUAUCAAAGACAUUGUUUCUUGUAAAAAAUAGGGGCGUUUUAAAAGGUGCAGUGCAGGAUUCGAAAAAUCCUGAUGGACUGUUAGUGAGCCUGCUUAGCUUUCUGUUGUUGACAGCCUUGUUCACUGGGACAGGAAAAUAAUUUGAAAAAUAUCCUGUUGUUGUUAGCCAGUGUUGCAGCUGGCCCAUGUGUUGCGUGUAGUAUUGAUAUAAACAUGGUUUAGUGUGUCUGCGACGCAGGCUAGUUGUUUUAAAAUCCAUGAAGAAAGCAAGCCACGAAUCUGUGGCAAAAAUAAAGCCUUGAUAAAUUUGAAUUGUGUUGGAUUAAUUAUGAUUCCAGCUUAUUUUCCGCAGGGUGAACUUUGCCUUAAUAAUCAUUAAUGAUCAUUCCCACUACAAUUACAAUUAUUGGACCCCCAACCCCCCCCCAUCCCCAGUUCCCCUUCUUCUGCUAAACAACACCCACAUGUAAAGUUCAAACAAGGAUAAAAAUAUUUUUCCUUACCAUUUUCUUAACAAAACCAUUGUUUCAUAAAUACUUGUAGCUUUUAUUUGCGAACAGAGAAGAACAUGACUCCUAUGGUAUGUCUUUAUGAAAAGCAAUAUUGGGAGUUGAUAUUUUGAGGUUGUAUUUACAAAAAAAGUGUGUUUAUUUUGGAGGUUCUUUCAAAAGUACCAUGCAUGUGGUUACCAUGGCAGUGGUGACAAAGCACUCUCAGAACCCAUUUUGCGGCCUAAAAAAGCUUGCUCUGCUCGUCAAGCUCGCCAGGUCAACUUAGCAAGUCUAAAACCAUUACUUCCAAUGCUAGAUAGUCAUUCAAUCUUUGAGCAAAUCCUAGAGAUUUCUUUAUUUAUCUAUUUUGUUUUUUGGGGGGUGACAGGUGUUUUUUCCUUUGGUGAGAUAUUUGGGGACAAAGGUGGAUUCUAUGACACCAAGAAUCAAUAAAGGACAUUGGAAUACAACUUCCAAUUGUUUUGAUCCACAUGUAAAUAAAAAUAUCAGUAAUAUGGUAGUGUGAAUGUGCAGUUUGGGUGCUCUUGUCUCUAUGAUGGUUCUCUUGCUUCAUACGCUAUCAAUUGGGAGUAUGCAACUCAAGGAAGACAGCUUAAAAGCUGGCUGCAGGAUUUAAAGAAAAGUGCUAAUGAAUGAUUAAAUGAGAGAUCUAGAACAACAUAAGCUAUCAUUUUAACAUUUGGUGAAAUAUCUUCCUAAAUUCCUUCACCUUUAAUGCAAAUUUUCAGGCUUAGAAAUAUAUAUUGGACAAAUGUGAGAGAUGCUUUGUGGCUUCAAAAUAAAAUAAUUAUGAUCAGAAUUUUUCAUCUUUUAGUUUGAAGUUAUUGAAGUUGCUGAAAAAGUAUUGCCUCAUUUUAAUUUAAUAUUUUUUUCACGGAGACUACAGUAUUAUUGAAAAUUAUUGCAAUAUCUUUUGAACUGGAUGUUUGUUUUUCAAUAUUAAGUUAGAAAGUUAGGGGAGAGGCAAUAUAAAAUCUGCCAAAAGCAGCAUCUUUAUGUAAAGAAAUACUGCUAAUGAAAUAUAUUUGAUGAAAGAAAUUUUAGAAAGAUCCUGUUUAAUUUAGAAAACGCUUGGGUGCAAUUAAAAAUUCGCAGGCAAUAUUUAAUAGGUGUGCUGAUAGUGGUUAGCAAUACGGUACUGUUAUUGAUACUUGUCAAUCAACAUGUCAAGUAGGUGUUUGAUUGACAUCGGUAAUCGCUCUAACGCGUCAGUUUGUCAUAACAACACCUGUCAAGAUCACGUGAUAAUUGCUCACCUCAGCCAAAGCGACUCAUUUUAGCAACAUGGCGUCAGAGGAAAGUUUGCUUUUCUGCGUGCCCGAGUUUUCUACACAAGUUUUCUCGGGGCUCCACAAACUUAGAAAAGAGGGCAAGCUAUGCGACAUUUAUCUACGUGUAGGCGAAUGCAAUUUACAAUCCCAUCGCGUUGUUCUCGCUGCUGCGAGCAGUUAUUUCAAUGCUAUGUUUACUGGAGAUAUGAAGGAGAGCCGUCAGGAUGAGGUCACUUUGUUCGAUGUCGAAUUUUCAGCCUUAGAAGAUCUCGUGAAUUUCUGCUACACUGGAAGGAUAGAGAUAAAUGCAGGCAAUGUACAGAACCUGUUGUCGGCGUCCAGUCUGCUUCAGUUGGCGAGCGUGAAGCAAGCGUGCGUGCAGUUUCUUCAUCGUGUUCUUCAUCCGACAAAUUGUCUUGGCAUCCGGUCUUUUGCGGACACGUAUUCUUGCGUAGAUCUUGUAGAAGCAGCCGAUGUUUUUGCCGUGAAGAACUUCUCUGAGGUGGCAAGAAGUGAAGAGUUUUUAACUCUUUCCCCCGAAGACGUCGUGGAGAUGAUUUCGCGGGAAGAAUUAAAUGUCCGCACCGAGGAGGAGGUUUUUGAAGCUAUUUCAGCUUGGGUGUGUAGAGAGGUAGAUGAAAGAAAGGAUUUUCUACCAGAACUGUUAAAGAACGUUCGUCUGCCGUUAAUAAGUCCGCAGUAUCUAUGCGACAAGGUUUCAAGCAACGAGCUAAUCAAGAAUAAUUUAGCAUGUCGCGAUCUAGUGGACGAAGCGAAAGACUACCUGCUGAUGCCAGAGCGAAGAUCUAAGUUACAGUCGGUCCGCACCAAACCAAGAAGAUGUAGUGAAGCUGCUGGCUUGAUCUAUGCCAUUGGAGGUCUGACAUCGUCAGGUGAAGCUCUCAGCACAGUAGAAGCAUACGAUACCUUGACAGGUCAGUGGCUCCCUGGUGUAGCCAUGAGCACUUUGCGCACCCGGGUCGGUGUAGCUGUCCUGGAUAACAAACUUUAUGCCCUGGGUGGGUUUGAUGGGCAUAAGAGGUUAAGCACUGUAGAAUGUUAUGAUCCUCAGCUAAAGUCUUGGAAAGCCAUCACUCCAAUGAACACUCGCCGUAGUGCCCUGGGUGCAGUUGUUCUGAAUGGCAGAGUAUAUGUCGUGGGUGGAUAUGAUGGUCACAUCUCGCUCAGCACAGUUGAAUGUUACUCACCAGAAAGUAACAUGUGGAGUUUUGUCACACCAAUGGGAACACUUCGUAGUGCUGCAGGAGUCACCGAGCUGAAUGGAAAGAUCUAUGCAAUCGGCGGUCAUAAUGGCCUAUCUAUAUUCAACACAGUGGAAGUUUAUAACCCACAAACAGACUCAUGGUCCUCCAGUCCUCCAAUGGGCGUGCGCAGAUGCAGGGUGGGUGUGGCCACCCUUAAUGGGCGGAUAUACGUAUGUGGGGGCUAUGAUGGCAGUACUUUUCUUAACACUGUAGAGUGCUUUGAUCCAGAGACCGGACAGUGGACUUUCACAACCCCGAUGAAUACUAGACGUAGCAGAGUAGCUGUGGUAACACUUGGAGGAAGGUUGUAUGCCAUUGGUGGAUAUGACGGCCUAUCAAACCUCAACACCGUGGAAUGUUUUGAUGUGCUUUCCAACAAGUGGACUCCUGUUGCUUCAAUGGGUAUGCAUCAAGGCGGGGUUGGGGUUUCUGUACUACCACGGGUUCAUCAUACUUAGAAGCAUAACUUCCAUAACCACUAUCAACAUUACUUGUAUAUCCAUGGUGACAGUUUAUCAAAAGUCAAAAUUAGUGCCACCUGAAUUUUGCAAUAUCAAGUGAGUAAGGAGUUGAGAGUGUUAGACCCACUUCAAAUACUACACCACUCUUGUGCUAAACUUAUUAAUUUUCAUAAAGUUCUGUGAUCUUCAUGUGAUUAAUUUUAUUUCUGAUUGACUUAGGAGCAACUACCAAUAAUUCAAAUGGCUUACUUGGGUCAAACCUGCGUGCAAAGAAAGUCGUGUCUGAUAGCCCGGGACUAGUGGAUUUUGUUAUCGGGCUAGUGAUUUUUGGUCUUAACCCUCCCGACGGGCAAGUGCUGUUUUUUGGGGAAAUUCAAAUUACAGAAGGAUUGUAAUCAAAAAGAGUUUUGGGCUAGUACAUGCUAGCUACCACUUGCCUGAAUGGCAGGCUGUAGAACUGACUUUCUUUGCACCCUGGGUCAAAUGGAAGAACAUAUCAAUGAAAAUGUAUCAGACAGACUCACUAUGAGAAGAGUUGGUAAAUAUUGUCUGAAAUUAGGUUUGAUGCAUCUUCUUUGUUGAAUUGCUACAAUAACUGCUAAACUUACCAUCGCAUGCUAGUAAAUUUGAAUGAUUAUUCUUCCACUCUACCAAAAUUAUUCCCUAGGUUUGGGACUUGAGUGGGGCAGUAUUCGAACCAGGCCAUAGUCAGUGAGACCAAUAAUUUCAAUAUAUUAAAUUUCAUACUUGGCCUCAAAACGACAGGGAAUAAAACCCAAGAAAUCAGCUUGACAAUAAUUAGGGAUGAACCCCAUGAAAUCCUGAUGCCAAGUAUGUAUUUUUUAAUAUAUCAAAAUUGAUCUAUUUGAACUACCUGACUUAUCCUCAGUAAUUUUAAGCUGGAAAAUGAUUAGUUUCACUUCAGCUGUGAACCACUUACUCACUCUGAGCAAGUUGCAGCAGCAAGCUGUUAAAAUAUUACAUUUAUGACUUUUCUUUUUUGGUCAUAAAUGGGUGUGUUGUGUGUGUGUGUGUGUUGCCCUGCUUAUAUACAGCCAAUAAAAUUGGUAACUAAAAGUUCCCUUUUGCACUGUCAGUAAUUCCAAAAAGGGGAACAUUUUGCAAAAAUAUUUUUGCUCAUUACUUUUGUGGAAACUAGAUAUAGUUUUGCAUAACUCUGAAGAAGGAACGUUUUACAUGCUGUCCCCUUCAGCUGUCAUGCUGCAGCAGGAAUUUAACCUUUGAAAGGUUUAAAUACUUUACUUCAUUUUGGAAAAUUUAAAUAAAAAAGUUCGUAAGGAAUAGGUAAAGUAUAUUCUUGGACAUUUCUUUGUUUUCCCUGUUCAAGGGAGAUAGUGUGAACAACCCAGUCAUUCAGAGAAUAAUAUAUUUGAGUUUGGAUUUAAAAACGUCUCAGUUAGCCAGCUGUGCUGAGACGCCAGCUAAUCUUCAGAUUUUAGAAAUCAGAGUUACAUAAGAAAGCUUUAAUUUCUUUGAAGUGAAUUGUUGUUAUUCUGCCAUAAGACAUCUCGCUGUAUUGGAAAAGGUGACAUGUUUUCUCUGAUUCCAAUCCCAGAGUUGUCCACACAAGAGCUUAUAUUUAUCACAUAAUUUAUCAUUCCAUCAUUAUUUAAAUUGGGCCAUGUGAGAGAGAUUGAGAGAGUGAUAAAGACAAUGCUACGGUGAGUUUGAGGCCAAAUAGGAAAGUGCUUAUUUUCUAAGUUUUUAUAAAUCUAUCCAGUAGAUAUUGUUAGAGCAAUUUUCAUAUGACCUUGAAAAAUGGUUUUGGUAAGUGUUUGUUAUUCGUUUUAUCAGCCAGUGGAUGAAAAGAUCAAAACAUGGCCUCUUCAUUUUCCCGCCAAAGAAAACCCAAAUAUUGAGAAAGGCAUUGUUCGAUUGGCCAAUCGUGUUGCACUAUGACAUCAAAGAAAAGUAUCAGUUGAUUUCUAGAAAGUUCUCGGACAUGAAGUUUUUUCACCCGAGCAUUCGCUUGACCAACCAAAAGCCAUGCACGUUUAAAUCUGUUCGAUAAACCAAUCAAAUUGCUCUAUUUCCAUUUGUUUGUUGUUUCUGUUAUGUUUGUGCAUUUUCAUUUCAAGGUCAUAUGAAAAUUGCUCUCUCUGCCUUUUAAAUACCAGUAAUAUUGGAGCUAAUAGAGACUUUCAGGUACACUGCUUCCGAGUAUAGGGUAUAAUUUAUUUUCCUGUACCCAUAGCUAGCCGUAAAUAUGGUUAGGCCACCUCAUAUCCUGAGGAAACAUGGCUCUGCCACAGUGAAGAACAUUGGCACCGUUUAAUACUACAUCUGAGAAAUUGUGGUCUCUUUUUAUAUACCUUCAUGGCAAGAUCAUGAUUGCCUACCUUAAGUCUUAACAAUGUAUUGUAAGGUCCCUUAUUGGCUCCAAUCACCACACUGUUCUGUUUAGGGCACAGUAGAUCCAAUCUCACUCCAUUCAUGCUCAUUUGGCCCAGGCCUUGGCCAUUUCACACCCAGAGUCAAUGAAAAAGACAUCUACUGUGGUUGUAGCUUUUGAUUUCUGAGUAGAAAAUCCUAAUGAACCCCUUUCACUGCCAAAUAUGACGAAAAGCAAAAUUCACCAAAAAUUUCAUUUUGUAAAAUUUUCAAAGCCAAAUAGCACCAUGUGAAAUUACAGGUAGAGAGGUUUCAUUUGAAUGGUCACUUCAUAGGAUUUCGUCCACAGAGUCAAAAUUUAAAAACACCUAACAAAACUCCAUUAUUCACUGUGGCAGUGAAAGGGUUAAGAUUUCACCAUCAAAACUUAUCCCCUCUGGCAGUACGUUUAAUGCCUUAUGAUUUUUAGCAUUUUCCAAUAGUAUAACUAAGAAUAUUUUUGGUGAUAGUCUUGGGAGUGAAAGGGACAAGUACCACAUUAUUUUAUUUAUUCCACUAAGACAGAGUAUUGUAGUUUGAUGAUAACCAAUCACUUCCUGAAUUUUAUCCUGUGAAUAUCCAUAAGUGAUCACAUUUUUUCCACCAGUGAUAUAGUGUAAAAGCGUUCUCUCCUGUGAACUGUGGGCUCCAUGUUUUGGGGUGUAUGGAAAAGACCUUAUCAAGGAGGAUCAGACAAACUGAGAAACCAUCAAAUAAGAGCAGGUCAUGUAAAAUUUUCUCUCUGUCCCAGUCCAUCUUUCAAAGGCCCCCUUUUCUCUGACCCCCAUAUUGGAGCCCAUUUUUUUCCCCACCUCUUUGUUUGAUUUUCUAGUUGAUGGAAAAAUAUCUUUAAAUUUAGAAACCCUAGGCAAUUCUUUAAGAGAUUUACACUGCCGUAUUUUACUAUCAGCAGUUAAACUAUUUGUAGUAAUAGUGCAAUCCCAAUUUUUCUACUCCCCUAUUUUUUAGCUUUCUGCCCAUUUUAAAGAAUCACUUUUUUCUCUUAACCAGUCAAACAUAGCACUUUUUCAUUCACUUUUCCAACUUUCAGACUGUAGUUACUUUAGCACUAAUUCUGCAUGAACUGUAAACAGAAUGUAUGAGUUAAUUUCAUGGUAAUUAAUCAAUUUACAUUGAUCGCCUUUUCAACAACCUAAACCCGAUUAUAGAAUUCAUUUCCAAAUUGCAAGUGUGGCUAUUGUUUUCAGGCUCUAAAACAGUAGCUGCACUUGAAAAUUACACUCGUAAAAUGUUUAAUCAAUAAUUGUCCCCAGGUUUGAGAAAUUGGGAUUCCACUGUAUCAGGAAAAUAAAUAAGGCAUGUUGAACAUGCAGAUUUUAAAAAAAUGCACCAUAACACAUAGGUAGUUUAUGUUAACAAAAUGCAAAAUUCUAUGUUUCGUUACCCUAGACAUUUUUCUAGAAUUUUUAAAGAGCAUUCAAGACAAGAAAUGCUUUGAAUAUUUUCAAGGAAGGUACAUCUUUGUACAAUUCAUACAAAUUAGAUUCAAGAAAAUGUUUAUUUGUAGGAAUUUUUGUUCCACAAAUGUUUUGAAGUAUUAACUAUAAAUUGCUUCAAAAUAUUAUUAUAUCAAGUUCAGUGUAAGUACAUUUUAAAAAUUGUAAAUGUAAUUUAAAGAUCAUUAAUAAAAUUGUUCUGUGAC